AUAUAAAGCUGAGUUUUUCGAUUAGAGAUUCAGUUGCUGUGUGUCGCAUUUGGUGGGCACACUUAGUUUUGUCGGUAGAUUUGUUUGUUUGUCCCGUUGUGUGUGUCGGUCAAGCAUCCCCUUGUUUAAAAAUGAAAUUGCUCUUAGUCACCCUUGUGGCCGGUUUGGCGAUUUGCCACGCUGCCGUUAAGGAGGAAAUUAUUGCCACCGAAUAUUUGGCGAAUAUCAACAAAGAAUUGGCCAAGCACACCAAUGUCGAAACGGAAGCCUCGUGGGCCUAUGCCUCCAACAUCACGGAUGAGAAUGAACGCAAACGUAAUGAGAUUUCCGCCGAGAAUGCCAAAUUCAUGAAAGAAGUUGCCAAGGAUAUUCAGAAAUUCAACUGGCGUACCUAUGGUUCGGCCGAUGUUAGACGUCAAUUCAAAAUCUUGUCUAAGACUGGUUACUCUGCCCUGCCCGAAGAAGAUUAUGCCGAACUUUUGGAUGUUCUCUCGUCGAUGGAAUCGAAUUUUGCCAAGGUCCGUGUUUGCGACUACAAGAAUGGUGAGAAAUGCGACUUGUCUUUGGAUCCCGAGGUAGAGGAAAUCAUUACCAAGAGCCGUGAUCCUGAGGAGUUGAAACAUUAUUGGGUUCAGUUCUAUGAUAAGGCUGGCACCCCCACCCGCAAAUCGUUUGAGAGAUAUAUUGAAUUGAACACCAAAUCGGCUAAAUUGAAUAAUUUCACUGAUGGUGCCGAAGUGUGGUUGGAUGAAUACGAGGAUGACACCUUCGAACAACAAUUGGAAGCCAUUUUCGAGGACAUCAAACCCCUGUAUGAACAAAUCCAUGGUUAUGUGCGCCAUCGUUUGAAUCAAUUCUAUGGCGAUGAGGUUGUCUCCAAAACCGGUCCCCUGCCCAUGCAUUUGUUGGGUAACAUGUGGGCCCAACAAUGGUCCAGCAUUGCCGAUAUUGUUUCGCCCUUCCCCAACAAGCCAUUGGUAGAUGUUAGCGAUGAAAUGGUUGCCCAGGGUUAUACCCCCCUGAAAAUGUUCGAAAUGGGUGAUGGUUUCUUCCAGUCCAUGGGUUUGAAGAAGUUGCCACAAGAUUUCUGGGACAAGAGUAUUUUGGAGAAGCCCAGCGAUGGCCGUGAUUUGGUGUGCCAUGCCUCUGCCUGGGAUUUCUAUUUGGUCGAUGAUGUACGCAUCAAGCAGUGCACCCGUGUCACCCAGGAUCAAUUCUUUACCGUCCACCAUGAAUUGGGUCACAUCCAAUAUUUCCUGCAAUACCAACACCAGCCAUUUGUCUAUCGUACCGGUGCCAAUCCUGGUUUCCAUGAAGCUGUCGGUGAUGUGCUCUCCUUGUCCGUCUCCACACCCAAGCAUUUGGAACGUGUUGGUCUCUUGAAGAACUAUGUCAGUGAUGAGGAGGCUCGCAUCAAUCAAUUGUUCUUGACUGCUUUGGACAAAAUCGUCUUCCUGCCCUUCGCCUUCACCAUGGACAAAUACCGUUGGGCCUUGUUCCGUGGCCAGGUUGAAAAAUCCGACUGGAACUGUGCCUUCUGGAAGUUGCGUGAAGAAUACUCGGGUAUUGAACCACCAGUAGUUCGUACCGAACACGAUUUCGAUGCCCCCGCCAAAUACCAUGUCUCUGCCGAUGUUGAAUAUUUGAGAUAUUUGGUUUCGUUCAUCAUUCAAUUCCAAUUCUACAAGUCCGCCUGUAUUACAGCUGGUGAAUAUGUGCCCGGCAAUCCCGCCUAUCCUUUGGACAACUGUGACAUCUAUGGCAGCAAGGAAGCUGGCAAACUUUUCGAGAACAUGUUGUCCCUGGGUGCCUCCAAACCCUGGCCCGAUGCAUUGGAAGCCUUCAACGGUGAACGCACCAUGACCGGCAAGGCCAUUGCCGAAUAUUUCGAACCAUUGCGCGUCUGGUUGGAAGCUGAGAACCUUAAGAAUAAUGUACCAAUUGGCUGGACUAAAUCGGACAAAUGCGUUUCAGCAUAAGUCCAGGCACUUAAUUUCCGUUCCUUAAGUUUUAUAUUCAAAUCCCCAAUUUU